AGGCGGGCUGGGCGCGCGUGCGCAGCCGCGGCAGUUGCUGGCGGCAGUGGCAGUUGCUGGCGGCAGUGGCAGUUGCUGGCGGCAGUUGCUGGCGGCGCUGAGGCGGGCCGGGGCGCUGGAGGCUCCGAUGGAUUCUCCGCUUCCCUCCCAGCCUGCCCGCCCGGCUUCGCCGGGUAGCACCGACCCCGGGCAGGAGAGGCGGCAGGAGAGGCGGGGGCGGCGGCGGUGGCGGCGGCGGCGGCGACAUAAUGUUUUGCGUGUGUGCUUCCCCGCUCCCGAAAUACCGCAGACUGCCAUGUCCGAGACCUACGAUUUCCUGUUUAAGUUUUUGGUCAUAGGAAACGCGGGAACUGGAAAAACCUGUUUGCUACACCAAUUUAUUGAAAAGGAAUUCAAAGACGUCUCAAAUGUUACUAUAGGAGUGGAAUUUGGUUCAAAGAUCAUAAAUGUUGGUGGUAAAUAUGUAAAAUUGCAGAUAUGGGAUACAGCAGGACAAGAAAGAUUCAGUUCUGUAACAAAAAAUUACUGUAGAGGAGCUGCAGGUGCUUUGCUUGUCUAUGAUAUAACCAGCCGGGAAACCUACAAUGCGCUUACGAAUUGGUUGACGGAUGCUAGAAUGUUAGCAAGUCAAAAUAUUGUGAUAAUACUGUGUGGAAACAAAAAGGAUCUUGAUGCAGAUCGUGAAGUUACUUUUUUAGAAGCGUCCCAGUUUGCACAAGAAAAUGAGCUGAUGUUCUUGGAAACAAGUGCACUAACGGGGGAAAAUGUUGAAGAGGCCUUUGUACAGUGUGCAAGAGAAAUACUCUAUAAAAUUGAAUUAGGAGAACUGGAUCCAGAAGGAAUGGGUUCAGGUAUUCAGUAUGGAGAUGUUGCUUUGAGACAGCUGAGAUCACUACAUAGAGCACAAGCACAAAGUGCUCAACAAUGUGGGUGUUAAACAAAACACAAAAUCCCAAAUACUUUAGACACAGAAGCUGUCCUUACAAAUGGUGUUUGAAGAAAUGGAAAAGCUUGAAGGCUAUGCAGUUUUUAAAAAUGUCUUUCCACUAUCUACAAACAGAGCAAACCACUGCUGUCAGAAAGGUGGCCCGUGUGGUGUGGGGCAGGAGUGUCCACAUGACACACAAGCCUGCAAAGUGAACUUGAUGAUUUGGUGGACAAUGUUAAGACUCAUACCUGUAUGUAAACAUUUUCCAUUACCUGUUUUUGUUCUUUCGCCUCUAGUUUAAAGCAUUGCUAUAUACUGUAAAUAAUGUAACAGUAAAUUUACAAAGCAUGGUAUACUUACGUAUGCUGAUAGAAUGUUGCACUACAAGCAGUUUAAUAUUUUAUUUUUUUAUCAUAUAAACAAAUUUAACGGAGGUAGGCUUUGUCAUGUUUGUUUGCUGCACAAUAGUUUAUGACCUGAAUUAUAAAACCACUGGCACUGUCAGUGAAGGGUGGUUGGUUUAUUUUUUUCCUACUUAGUUUGCCACAUUCUAACAAGCUGUUGACAUGACUGAUUCUCAACAUAUGGUUAGGACCCAUACUUACGUUUAUUAAUAUGUCAAGCUGAAAAGGUAAUUUUUAUUGAUGUUCACAUAUCCUGUUUUAUCACAGUUCUUAAAUAGCUUUUGAAGUUCUUUUAUUAAACUUUAUUAAGUCUGUCAAAUGGCUGUUGACUUUUUUUUUUUUCCCCUUGGUCCUGAUGUUUUGUGUAGCACUGGCAUCAUGAAGGUAGAUUGUAUAUGUGAACAGAACUGUGCAUUUUUGCGUAUGUUGUAAUUCUAGGGCAGGGGCACGGGCUUAUGGAGAAUUACCACAGUAGGAGCUCUCCUAACCUCCUACCACACCGAGCAAUCAGCUGUGGAAAUAUUAUCUCUGUUGAAGCCUACAUAGUGAGGUACAAACUGAACCCAAAGGGUGAUUCUAAAGUAUCCUGAAUGUAUGAAAUUUAAAAUACUCAUUUCUUUCUCUUAAAACUUUCAUGAAGUACAAUUAAGAACUUGAAUUUUAAAAUUAGACUUUAAAAUUAGGAACUUAAUAGGCUGUCUUGCUGGAGCUCUACCCUUGAAUUUCAUGGAAGUGCCCUAUGUGUAAUGCUGGCCACAGUGCUCCCAGGAGACUGAUGUCAUGGAAGGGAAAAAACAAGUGUACUACUUCAGUAGUUUGUUCUUCCUGUGAAACUCAUCAAGGGAAGUUUUGGCCUUGGUACUGAGUUUUUUUUUUUUUCCCUGUGUUAAAACACACAAUUCAGACUUUCUUUCCUGACCUCUUUUUUUAUUGUGGGGAGGAGGCAUGGGGCAAGAGAUUAGGAAACCUGUUCUCAUUCCUCAGCUGGAGACAGAAGAGGAGAAGACUUGCAGAGGGUCCAAGAGGGAGGACAGAACCGCAAGUAUUGUGUAUCAUUUUUAGUGUGACAUGACAACUGAUCAGGUAAGAGACCCGUGGCUUUUCCUUUGUCAGGUAAGGAGCUGCAGCACUAAGCUCGUGUUUCUGGAAGUAGCUGAAUUCAACCAGUUCAGGGGGGGCAAUUUCAUGUGCACUGAUAGAAAUCAGUAGUGACAUUUUUACUUAGUUACUUGUAUAACUAGAAAUGGGAUGUGUCCUUGAAAGUGCAAAAUAAUUAAUUUGAUCAGAAUUCAGUAUUGAAAUUCCAAGGUUAAACAUGCUUUAUUAUUUUCUGUAUAUGAGUCUUUUCUAUUUAGGUGUUUCUUGUCAAAUGAAUGUUUAAAAACUAAACCAGAAAACUUAACUGAUACUGUAAUUUAGAGGGCAAUUAAAGCACAAGAGUGAAGCAAGAAUGCUACACAGAGGUAUGCCACCUUUCAUGGAGUUAGAAUUGUGUUUAAAACUAUUCCCUUUGUCCUGACAUUUUUGGCUCAAAUGGAUGCUUACCUGAAAACUAUAUGCCUUAGAUCAUCUCUGAAUUGAAAGGAAUUAAGUUUGCUUUAUACUUGAAAAGCCUAGGUUUAGUUCUAGAAAGGCUGUUGGGUCCAAAGACCUUUAUGUUAUGAGUCUCUCAAGUAUCCUGUUAUAUUUAGGGUUGGAUUUGUUACAUAACUGAUAACAAUUACGCCCAAGGAGUAUUCACUUGUAUGGUAAGAGCGUAAGUAUUUUUGAAGCAGCUUAACUGUGCAUUUACAAUAAUGUCAAAGAACUCCAAAGAAACUUACCUGUCUUAAUCCUUACUCAACUUGCUUUGGCUUCUAGUACUCAGAACAUUACCAAAAGCAAGUACUCUGCAGUAGAUGGUGGAUGUAGUUGUUCUCCACCAGUCCAAAGGGCAUAUUAUUAACUGGGAUGUGUUGUGUUUCUGCCAGGGUUGGGGAGGCUUUUGGUUCUGAAACCCCAGAUUGUGGAAUGCUGUGAAAAGAUGAGGUAGUGGGUAGGCUGUCCCUGCCCUUACCACAGUCAUUAGACUGUGUUUCUUGGUACACAGACAAAAGUGAAAGCUGAGGAUGUACUUACCAGCUGGGACAUAGCACAAGUAAAGCUAAAGGUGUCCCCUGUCACUUAAAAUGGUUGAAAUGGUGUUGGCUGUUGGAUCAAAACUUCUUUCCAUAAGUAUAGUGACAGUUGAAAGGAGCUGGGGGACUGUUACUUAACUCGGUUGCUUUUAAAUAAAAAUUUUAGGGGAUUGGUAGGGAUUCAUGUACUUCUUCCUGUCCUUUUCCCUUUAUGUACAAGACUGGCCUCUUUUGUAUACUCUGUUCUUAUGUUCAUUUUGGUCAACUGUCUGUGGUUAAGAAGCUGUAAGCACAGUUUUAUUCUUUCUGUAACCAUAUUAAGCUAUCCCCUUCCUACCUGGAACGAAAGAAUAGCGUUGCUGUAAUGUGUUUGGACAUGUUUUUACCUUUUUUUUUUUUUUUAUUGUAUACUCUUACUGUAUACACAUUAACCAGGUUAAUGUGCUUGUUUUGUAGAAUCACAACCUUUUAUGCUGCAUAUCUUACAUUUAAAAACAAAAAACUUUCUAAAAUGGCAACUCCUGAGGAGAAUAUUGUUGGAAGCAAUAGCUCUCACCAGUGCAAACUAUAUUGUUUACUUUCUUCUCUGAGGGUUUUUUAUUUCUAAAAAUACCAUGCCAAUAGCAGCCCUGGAGUAGAUUUUAAGCUUUAGCAUUAGAGUUCACACAGCAAACCAAAUCUAGCUCACCUAAA